UCAUCUUCACUGACUGUAACACCUUCUUUAUACUUUUGUGCAACAAUGUUUUGGGGGGAUUUCUCAAAGUCUAUGCAAUGGAAAUUAAUCCUCCUUGUGGUGAGCAUUUGUACGAUGAGGAUGGAAAGAGACUUCCUCCGUGUAUCCCCGGUGCUUGGCUCACACCUGCCAUUAUGGCCUGUUACCUCCUCGUGGCAAACAUCCUCCUGGUCAACUUGCUCAUUGCAGUUUUCAACAACACCUUCUUUGAGGUUAAGUCCAUUUCCAAUCAGGUGUGGAAGUUCCAGAGAUAUCAGCUGAUCAUGACCUUCCAUGACCGUCCCAUCUUGCCUCCACCUCUCAUCAUCUUCAGUCACCUCUACAUCCUCUUCAGCAGGCUGUUCCGCCGGUGUGCCAAGAAGCAAGAGGGCGAUUCAGAUGAGAAGGACCGAGGCCUCAAGCUGAAACUGAAUCCAGAGGAGCUAAAAAAUUUGUAUGAGUUUGAAGAACAAUGUGUGGAGGAAUAUUUUCGGGAGAAGGACGAUGAGCAGCAGUCCUCAAGUGAUGAACGUAUCAAGGUUACUUCAGAAAGAGUUGAGAAUAUGUCCAUGCGACUGGAGGAGGUCAACGAGAGGGAGAAUACUAUGAAGGCUUCCUUACAGACGGUGGAUCUGCGUCUGGCGCAACUGGAAGAAAUCCAUGGACGCAUGGCAGUCGCCCUGGAAAAACUUGCAGGGGUGGACAAGCAAGAGCUGACCAGAACUUACUCGAGAAAUUCUUCUGUGUACGACCCCUCCACCCUCCACCGCCAGGGCAGCAUUAAUAGCACUGAUGGCUACAGCCUGUACCGCUUCCAUAUGGACAUGGAAGAGUUUGCAACAAAGCAGAGGGACACCGAUGAACUUGGAAAGUGUAGCCUGGAAAGACAGAAGAGCUUGCGGCAAGCCUCCAGCAUUUGUGCACUCAACACCAAAGAGAGCGGUCACAUGCUUGAUGUCGGUGGCCUGGAGAGAACGCGACCUGGUUCCUGUGUGGAUAUUUUAAUAUCACCGUGUGAGCAAAGACCUAUUUCUGCAGCAUCAAGCCAAGACACCAUGUCCUACAAUGUGUCAGACAAGCAGUUAGACAGACUAAAGCCUUUCUCCCCUCCAAAAAGAACUAAGUCACUGAGACACUAUCCAGCUGAAGACCAAACAACAUCUCCUUUGACAAAGAGGAGGACAAUGAGCACCAUUAUUAUCAACCCUCCAGAUGAACCUGACCAAGCAAACAAAUGCACAACACAACUGCAGCUCGAAUCCUCCUCUUCUCCAAAUCGGACUAAAUCUUUGAGGCAUUUACCUUCUGAAACACAAAGCACUUUGCCAACCAUGAAGAGAGCAAUGAGCACCAUCAUCUACAAACAAACUGAGGGAGGCAAUGAUGUUCUGCCAGCUGCAAACUACAGUUCACUGGCCGAACAUGUAACAACAACAGUAAAUCAGUGGCCAACAAAUGUGGAACAUCAGGUGUACCCUGCAGUUUUUGGGCAAAUGCCCAAAGUAUCAGUGGUCAGAACUCUUUCUGAACAGUAUCAGAGUCCUACUGCCCAAGCAGACCCUAAAAUAUGUGGUGUUUUAGAAAGUAACAAAACAUUUCCAAUAAAAGGACAACUGGAAGACAACACAAAGAUGAGAGCACAGAGGAGCCCGUCAGAUAACACAGAGUAUCUGACUGUCACUGAUAAAUGGUAUUUGCCAUCGCAGAGGUCCCUGAGCUGGAAUGCCAGUGAGAGGAAAGCGAAGACUUCGAUAAGUAGCAAGGAGCCGACAGCCUCUAGCAGUGAGAGAAACCUGCUCGAAGCCUGCGGCAUGUCAACUGCCAAACCGAAAGAUGAGGGAAAGACAACUGGGAAGGAAAAUAAUGCUGCACCAAAUAGAGUCCUGAGGAGACACAGAAGAAAAUUAAAUGAGAAUUUAAUGCUACAACAUGCAGAACUAUGA